GGAUGGAAGUUUUAGCAAACCUAUCUCACUAUAAAAACAAGGAAAAUAGGAACCAACGUCUUUCAAUCAUCAUUCGUCACAUCAUUACUUAUUAAUCAUUAUUACUUACACAAAUUAUAGGCAGUCCUCACGCCUUUUACUUUAUUUGCCUGGUUGAAACGCGCCAAACGUCUAAGUAAAGCCCCUUCGGUAAAAAAAAAAAAGAAGAGAAAAAAGGGUUCGUAUACAGACUUAUAUGAUUGGUGUAUUAAUACUUGGUCAUUUGCAAAAGAAAGACAAUUAUAUAUAUGUUUAUUUUGGAAGCCAAUCAUUUAAAUGAAUCUUCCAUUGAUAGUUGUACUUACCUGUUGGGCUUUCAACCUGCUUUCAACGGAGGGCGGGGCGAACGACACACACACACACACACACACGCACGCGCACAGCCUGUUUCACGCUUACGCUAUCUCCGAGUCCUCACUACCAACACUGACUCUUUUCCGAGCGCUUUAUUUUAUUCUCGGUUGAGAGCAGUUUUUCUAUAGGUUUCUUUCCAAUCUUUUUGAACAGUUCAAGGACCCUCUGUUGCUUCGCUUCCCGGGCCAAUUUCGCUGUUGUUUUUCAGUGCGCUUUAAUUGACCGGGAUCGUAAAGAAUCGUUGUCCGGGAAUCGGGAUACAGCUCCACGUCACAGACUUGUGCGAGCCGGACCUUGGACGUUAUGAACAGAAGGGAGAUAUAAUUACCAUUGAUUUUUGAAUUGCUGGGCAUGUACAAAAUAAUGAAUGGAUGGAAAUAUCGCUGAUGCACCAAAGGUCCAACACGGGUCCCAUUAGAUAAUGCAGACCGAACGAGAUCCGCGGACGCGAAGUAUUCCUCUGGGCUUCUCUACUUGAAACAUAAUCCUCUAUAACAUGAUCGCAUGUUACGGAACAGUUUUUUGCCUUUACACUUCCACUGUAACUUACUGAACAUAUUCUACCGAGCCCGUGCACCCGAUACGCGCUGGUUGGGGAGGCUAUUAUGUCUAUUAUCCCACACGGAACCAAGAUGCACCGCAGCUGAAGAAAGGAGACUGCAGGACUUCUAAACGUUUAAACAACCGGACCGGAUCCCUUGGGUGGGCUUGUGACCCCAAGCCAUGAGCCCUCUAAUCACCCAGGUGUUGAGUCUCUUGACUCUUUCGGUUCUGCUCAUCGGUUUCUCCCGGACUGCGACCCUGAGUGGACCAGGUUCGGACGACAUGUUGGGGCCGGAUCGCUUCGAGGGCGUGGCUAACUUCAGCACCUUCCUAUUGGACAGUGUGUCAGGCAUGCUGUUCAUGGGCGCCAAGGACGCCAUCGUGGCCGUCGACACCAACGACCUCAGCCGGGCGCCCGCAGUGAUCCGAUGGGAUGUUCCGGAAGAUAGGCGAAAGUCUUGUAAGGCGAAAGGCAAGACGGAGGUGGACUGCAACAACUACAUCCGCCUGCUGGAGAUACUGGACGACGAUCGCAUCUACGUGUGUGGCACUUACGCCUUCGAUCCACAGUGUGCCUUCCUGGGCCGUACCUCCCUCUCCCUGGAGCGGGAGGAGCAGGAGGUGAGGAUGGAGACGGGGAAGGGGAAGUGUCCCUUUGAGCCCAGUCAGCACUACACCGCCGUGAUGGCAGGAGGCAUAUUGUAUACAGCCGCCACCAGCAACUUCCUGGGCACCAUGUUUGACAUCUCCCGGGCAACGGGACCCGAGCAGGGACGCAUCCGCACGGAGCGAUCCAUCAACUGGCUGAACGACCCAGAGUUUGUGAGCGCGUCCUUCAUCCAGCAGGACCCCACCAGUGAGCCGCUGGGCGACGAUGACAAGCUCUACUUCUUCUUCACCGAGGUGGCCAAGGAGUACGAGAUGUACACCAAGGUCAAGGUGCCCCGCGUCGCCCGCGUCUGCAAGUCGGACGUGGGGGGCAUGAAGACCCUGCAGCGGCGCUGGACCACCUUCCUGAAGGCCCAGCUGGUGUGUGAGGACCGGCCCAGCGGUCAGCGCUACAACGUGCUCACCGACGUCUUCACGCUGCGCCGCGACCCCAACGACCCCGCCACCACCCAGUUCUACGGCCUCUUCACCUCCCAGUGGGAGCGGGAGGAGCUGGCAGCCGUGUGCGUCUUCAGUCUGUCCGACAUCAACAAAGUGAUGGACGGCCCCUUCAAGGAGCUGAAGAAGACCUGCGAGAACUGGAUCAACCCGGAACCCGUCCCCAGACCCCGGCCCGGACAGUGUCUGAACAGCGCCCUGCGGGCGGAGGGCUUCGAGUCGUCCCUGAAGCUGCCCGACAAGGUGCUGACGUUCACGCGGGACCACCCGCUGAUGGAGAACAGCGUGACGGCGGCCCCCCUGCUGCUACGCCGCGGCGUCACCUACACCAAGCUGGCCGUCACGCUGGCCGACGGCGGCGCCGGCGCCCUGCUGCACCUCGGCACAGAUCGGGGGGAGAUCCACCGGGUGGCGGUAGUGGGCCAGAACACCACCUUACUGCAGGAGGUCCCUCUGUUCCCCGCGGAUCAGCCCAUCAACAACAUAGUGCUGCACAAGGGCCAGGCCCUGGUGGGUACCCCCCAGUCCCUGGCGCGGGUCGCGGCCCAGGGCUGCGGGCUGCACCCCAGCUGUGAGGUGUGCGCGCGGGCACGGGGGCUGGGCUGCACCUGGACACCAACCGGCCACGGAGGGCCCCACGACGGGACCUGUGGACCGGCCCUGAGCGGGCCCGGGCCAGGGGACAUGGUGGAGGAAGCCCUGAAGAAGUGUAACAGCAGAGAGGGCCGGUGCACUCCGGCAGUGAGGGAGCUGCGCGUCUCCCUGGGCCUGCAACUCCUGCUGCCCUGCGUCCAGGUCUCCCCCCGGCCCUGCACCUGGACCCACCCCCCCCAGAGACACACCCGGCAGCACCACUCCCAUCUGGAGGUGACGGUCAGCGAGGAGAGCCUUGGUACCUACGUCUGCACCUGUCAGGAGGCGGGGCCAGAUCGGGGAGAGCCCACUUCCUGUCGUCGGGCGGCCUACGAUCUGGUGGUGGCGGGGCCGUUCGCCGGGGGUGCGGUGGCCACGGCGGGAAACCGCCACCUGCUGGCCAUCUACAUCCUGUGCUUCUGCCUGGGCCUCGCCAUGGGCACCUUCCUGCUCUACUUCCUGAGCCGCCGCCGCCCGCUUGGCCUGCGCCUGGCCAAGCGUUCGCUGUCGUCCGACAAGGGGCGGGACCUGCUGGGCUCCUCGGCCACGCCCCAGUCCCCCGGCAGCGCCAGCCUGCUGUCGGACGCCUUCACGCCGUCGGAAAAACGCAACGGCACGGCCAUGACGUCGCUGCACUCCACGCAGGGCAACGGCGGUCCCCACGGCAACCACAGCUACAGCAGCAACCUCAUCAGCAACAGCAGCAACGCCAGCAGUAACCCCGGCAACGGCCACGGGGAGCCCGUGUACUCCAACUACGAGCGCAACGCGAGCAUACUGCCGGCCGACCGGCUGGACGGACGGACGGGGGAGAGGGGGAGGGAGGGGGGGGAGGAUGUGGACGAGGGGCUGGGGGAGGGGCUUGGAGACUCCAUGAGAGGUCUGGAGGAGGAGAUGGCCAAGUUCCCGCUCUAUAAGUCGCCGGCACCACUGGCGAGGUGCGAGGAGAGUUCGAUAUGAGCCGGGGGGAUUCUUGCGUAUGGUUACGAAAUAAAACAUUACGAGAGGAUCCCGGGUUUAAUUUAUGGAUCGGAUGCGCCGUGUCGUACCUCCGGACUGAGAGCGGAGCGGGAAGAGGAUGCAAACUAGCCGCCGCGGCGCGGUUGUAGGCCUACUGCGCAGCGGCGAGCUAGGAAACUAGAGUCUCUAUGGGAGAAAUGUAUGCGGGAUUGAUUCCAAAGCACGUAUAUACGUGUGUGUGUGUGUGUGUGUGUGUGUGUGUGUGUGUGUGUGUGUGUGUGUGUGUGUGUGUGUGUGCUGUGUGUGUGUGUGUGUGUGUGUGUGUUUGUCUGAUCAAAUAUAUUAUUACAGCGGAGGGAAGAUAGUCAGAUGAAGAAUAGGACCUUUGAAAAAUAAUAAAAAGAAGUUAUCCAGGACGACACGUGAAGACGUAUGUGUAGUGAGGCACUCCAGUAGAUAUGUGAAAAAACGUAAAUGUAAGAUGUCAAAGAAGAGAGCUUUUUAUGUUUUUCACCGACGACAUGCGCACAUGAAACGGACUUGACGUGUUGAAUGGGAAGAGAAAAGACAGUAAUCAAAGAGGAAAAUGUCUGCAUCUUCACAGGCAUGUUCACAAAGAAGCCAUAUUCCUUACGUGUUGUCUUUGUUGUUGUCGUGUCCCUUUUGUGCCACAAGGGGGCCAAAUAAGUAGCACUUUGAACCACUGGACGACACUUCUCCGAGGCUGGUCUGAAACGCAUAUUUAAUUUUUUAUUGCUUGGUGAUGUUUUUUUCUUGAUGUUUCUCACCGACAUGAACGCAACUCCGCGACACCUCCCACGAUCCCGGGCCCGGCGUCGACUAAGGACAAAAGAUCGCCCCCUACUGGUGAAACAACGAUAAUAAUAAUAAUUUUAUUUUGUUCUUCGGAAGCAAAUACGAUUGCGGGGUCAAGGUUCAAGAACGACAGACCAGGAGGGGCCCUCACAUGUUUGACAUUUGGGUGUUAAGGCCCUUGAAUGCCUCAUGCAACUUGACCCAAAUUCACCACCUCUGCUCUGUACAACAAGUGUACUAAACAAAUAUCUAAAAGAUGUCUUCUGUAUCGUUUUUGUCAUGUUUUUUUUAAUAAAACGUUAAAAAACUGUUACUGAA